AUGUUGAAUUGUUUGUCUUCACAGGACGCAUCUAAGAUGUUCGAAAGGAAUGCAGAGUGCUUGCGAACACGAACGGAAACUUUGGAUGUGGAAAAGCUAUGGAGCAGAAUCGCCAUGAUCAUCAAUCAGUGCACAGAGAGGCGGUACUUACGGAUUCGAGGAUACAGCAAUCGCGACGAAAUAAAAGUGCAUGUGAUGCCGAACGAAGAGGCAAUUUUGGAUGAAUAUGCGUGCUCAAUAAUUUCACUAGGAGUUGGCCGAGACAUUCAAGUGGAGACGAAGAUGAAGAAAGACAUGCCUAUGUGUGCCUUUUACGGCGCUGACCCGAUAAAGGAACCCAAUCAAGAGAUGUACGAGGAAAUCGGCGUCUUCUAUCAUAUAGCAGUUGGCGGGAAGAACGGCACGUCAGAAGCGUCAGUACUGGAACCAGACACUGCCAACUAUCGCAUCCGUGAAGUCAAUCAUGUCGACAUUGCAACCUUUCUACGAAGUUUCAUCGGAAAACAGAUAAUUGAUCAGCUGAUGAUCGACAUUGAGGGCGGAGAAUACGACGUCUUCCCAUUCCUAUUGAAAGGUGGUGAUAUUGAAAGGACGAACGUUGUAUUGUGUCAGUUAAACAUUGAGAUUCAUUUGCCAGACUACGCACAGAAAGCACAGUUUUUCGAAUUUUUCGUAGAACUUUUGGAUGAUGCAAGGUAUAUGCCAUUAGUAGCUGAUACUAUGCUUGGUCAUAUCAGAUUGUACAUUCUCAACUAUGAACAUCCAGAGUGCACAGAACGAUACAUUAACGGAGAAUAG